AUGACGGCGACGGCGGAGGCGAGAUGGUACACGGCGGCGGCGGCGGCGGUGAAGAGAUUUGAGUUGUGGGAGACGAAGUGGGGGAGACGAAAUGGAAGAUUGCCAACAAUUGUAAAUAUUUCUUCAAUGUCUUGUCAUUCAGGAGGAUUCCCUGUUAGUGUUUCCAACACAUGGAAUGGAAUGAAGUUGUUGAUUAAUGACAUUAGUAUUGAUGAAGUUAAGAAUCUAAAAGAAAGAAUUAUCGUGUCUACAUGUUUCAUACUCGGUGAUGAUUUGUCGUUGUUAUCUUCUUCAAGUGUGCAAGAAACAACCUAUGUGACUGCUGCUACUCUGGAUAAACUUGAAGCUAGGCAGAUGGGCUGGUAUUAUGAUGGCUGUGUGGAAUGCACAAGGAGUGUGACUGUGAAGGAUGGAAAUCUGAAGUGUUAUAAGGAACAUAUCAGCUCAAAACAUGUGCCACGAUAUAGUUUAUAUCCAUUUUCUAUUUCCAUUUGGUAUAAGCUUGAUGUAACAACUGUUGACGGUAAAUCCAAGGUGAAGUUCGUCUUUUGGGACACCGACUGCGUUAAGUUAAUUGGAAAGUCUGCUCUUCAAAUGAAAAUGGAUUUAAUACAGACCUCAAAACUUCAUGCCCCUAAUUCUUUGUCACAAGAUGAUAUGAUAAGCAUUUCUGAACCUAUAUUUGCAUCUGCAGAAAGUGACCCGUUGAAUGAAAAUUCUGGACUGACUCCGUCUAAGAGGUUUCUAAGUGAUGCAGUGGAAGAUGUUGAUAGUGUACAACAACCAUCAACCAAGUUGGCCAAAGAUAUUAAAAAGGAGUAA